AGCAGCUGCGUUCCAGCCUGGCCAUGGCCGCGGCGCCCCUCAAAGUGUGCAUCGUGGGCUCGGGAAACUGGGGUUCAGCUGUUGCGAAAAUCAUCGGUAAUAAUGUCAAGAACCUUAACAAGUUCGCCUCCACGGUCAAGAUGUGGGUCUUUGAAGAAACGGUUAAUGGAAGAAAACUGACGGACAUCAUAAACAACGACCACGAGAAUGUGAAAUAUCUCCCUGGACACAAGCUGCCAGAAAAUGUGGUAGCCGUCCCGAACCUCAGUGAGGCGGUGCAGGACGCAGACCUGCUGGUGUUUGUCAUUCCCCACCAGUUCAUCCACAGAGUCUGCGACGAGAUCACCGGGAGAGUGCCCAAGAAAGCCCUGGGGAUCACCCUGAUCAAGGGCAUUGACGAGGGCCCCGAGGGGCUGAAGCUCAUCUCCAACAUCAUCCGGGAGAAGAUGGGCAUCGACAUCAGCGUGCUGAUGGGUGCCAACAUUGCCAGUGAGGUGGCUGCUGAGAAGUUCUGUGAGACGACCAUUGGCAGCAAAGUAAUGGCGAAUGGCCUACUCUUCAAGGAACUUCUGCAGACUCCGAAUUUUCGAAUCACCGUGGUCGAUGAUGCUGACACCGUUGAACUCUGCGGUGCUCUCAAGAACAUCGUGGCGGUGGGAGCCGGCUUCAGCGACGGCCUGGGCUGCGGCGACAACACCAAGGCGGCCGUCAUCCGCCUGGGGCUCAUGGAGAUGAUCGCCUUCGCCAGGAUCUUCUGCAAGGGCCAGGUGUCCACGGCCACCUUCCUGGAGAGCUGUGGUGUGGCCGACCUCAUCACCACCUGCUACGGAGGCCGCAACCGCAGGGUGGCCGAGGCCUUUGCAAAGACCGGAAAGACCAUCGAAGAGCUGGAGAAAGAGAUGCUGAACGGGCAGAAGCUGCAGGGUCCCCAGACUUCGGCCGAAGUGUACCGCAUCCUCAAACAGAAGGGGCUAGUGGACAAGUUUCCUUUGUUCACCGCAGUCUACCAGAUCUGUUAUGAAGGCAGGCCCGUUAAGGAAAUGCUGUCCUGUCUGCAGAGCCACCCGGAGCAUUUGUAAAGUGACUCCCGCUGUGGGUUAAGGAAAGUUCUGCCUUUCUGAUCAGCCUUUCGGAGAAACCAGGACUUGACAACCGGACGUUGGCUUGACGAUACUCCAAUUAUGGAAAUGUAUGAAUUUGUACAGCUUCAUUUUCAGAUGCUGAGGUGUGGUUUGUUGGCUGAGGCACCCAGGGCAGCAGCUGGACACGCCCAUAUGAAGGCGCGAGCCUGAGUUCAUUUCUCCUUCUGCGGAUGUUCUCUGAACCAAAAUUAAAAAAUCCUUUUUAAAAAUUAUUUUGGAAAUUCUCCCACUUGGGAUCAUAGCUUCUAAGAUUGGAAUGAUCCCAGUGCCCAGCGCGGUAUUUUAGAUCCUAGGUGUUGGAAGGAUUUUCUUUUUACCCCCCUCUUCUUCAGAUGUUAAAAUGUAACCAGCACUAACCUGGUGGGGUGUCAGAUCAACAUACUGUAACUUUUCAACACUGUCUCAAAGCCAGCAUCAUUAAUUAACUACCUGGAUCGUGAGUUGAUCUUCUUUUUAACUACUGGGUGUUUGUAACUAGGCAAUCUACUUCCCCAUCUUCUUCCUGCUGCUGUUUUCUGUAAUUUUUAGUCUCUUUUACCUUGAGUAGCUGCCAGAAUGUGCAUCCAUUGGCAGAAGAGAAAGUGGACUCCAGUCUUUCCAGCAGUGACAGACACAUUCUUCUCCUCCUCAACUCUUGUCCGAUGCUUUUCCUUAGGGAGUACUUUGAUACCCAUGCUUCCCUGAGGCCUCACCGAUGCCCUGAGCGAGGCACUCAUGGUACCUGGUCCCCUGAUAGGGGUGGGAGGAAGCAGAUCCGGAGGUCAGUCCCAUCCUUUCUUCCCAUCCAAGGUCUGGGACUUUCUUAGGUGCCAGUGGGAUGCCCUGAUCUCCAGCUAAUGGGUGGUGGCCAAUGGCAUGGAUGGCCUUCCCCUGCCACAGGAAGGCUUCCUACCCCUGCGAGGCGUCCCCUCGUGCAAGCAGAUGCUGCUCAGCGUGGCCCCAGGCUCUGCAGUGGCUGCUUCCCUCAGCAUCAGUGCAGGCUCCAGGGUUCCACCCCAGCCCUGCAGAGAGGGGCAGGGUCUGUACUGUGCCAGGUCUACCCUGCCCAUCCCCUCCUGGUGCCCACUACAAGAUGAGAACCACUACUGGAGAAAAGGGACUUUUGAGAAAUGUGCAUUUCUCAAAUCAUGUUGCAUAGAAAGGAGGGGCCCGAGAGCCCAGGAUCUGCCAUGGGAGUCCCACAAGGCCAGCUGAGUUUGGGAAAGGCCACAUCUUAGAGGCGUUGAAUGUGUUAGCAAGUCGGCAUGCUCAUGGGACCCUGCAAGCUCUAAUACCCCUCCAACCAUGGAUUUGCUUUUGGCACGGAAAUUUGCCAGAGUUCCCAGGGAAAAUUGUUCUAGGCUGAGGUGACUUUAGGCCAGCUCGAAUGGGUUCUUUGUUGGGGACAUUUGCAUUCAGUCUGCCGGGAAGUUUUAUGUUGAUUCAGGCAAUGCCACCUAAGAGAUACUAGCCUGAGAGAAAUGCACGUUUAUGUCAAACGAGUGUUCCUGAUUCUAGGAUUAGCAUGAGAAGCGCAGGAAUCACGAUCUGCUGUUGUUGAUGGGGUUGGUUUCUGGAGAGCCUCGCAGAUACCAUUUGAAGUGCUAACCGGUGUUAGGGACAACCAGAAAAGUUACUUACACGUUCUCUGCUUCUCAGUCCCUUUUUAAGAUUUUUACCUUUUUCUUUUUCUGUUUUGGGGGUUUGGGACUCCCCCACCCCACCCCCGUUCUGUACCUGAAACGAUUAUAGAAUCACUUUUUGUGGGAAUUUUUAAAACUAUCCAGAACACUUUAGGGGAACUUCUAAGCCCCCUAACGAAAACUAUGAAAGCACAGAAAAUAGACUCCAAGUUCCAUUGACUUUAGUGCCACUACUGGAUCAGUCCAUUUUCAUUUGUCUAGUGAAUAACUUUUUUUAACUUUUAAAAAAAGUUUGUACAUAGGUAACAAAGUGAUACUUUUUAAGAAAUUUUAAGGGUCGUAAGCUCAUUGUGGUGUCUACUCAGCAGGAGAAUUAGAUGCAAGGAAUCAGGAUUUUUGUCUCUUGUCUAUUCUCAUCUGCGUUCAGCUUCUGACCCUGGGUUUUGUAGUUACGUCUUUUUUCUUUUCAAGAAAUCUGAUUGUACCUCUUAGACCGACUUAAAAUUUUCUGCACACUACGGAAGGAGGCGAAUUUCCUAAGUGUGUACUCUGCUGGUGAUAGGUAUUUAUUACUCUUAGAGUUACCUGUUUUUAUAACUUCCUGUGGUUCAUCUAUUUAAAUUCAUUUUUCUUAUCAUGGUAACUGGGAGAGGGACAUCUAGAAGAAUUGCUUACUUUGUACUCUUUUAGCCAGCCUGUGAAUAUAAACCUUACACUGAUGCCUUGGUAUAAUCCAUUAGUAUAAUUUGGUACAAAUAAUCUGUUUUUGAAGUCUCUCUUAGUUGGGGGGCGGGGGGGUGGGACUUGAAUCCUUCUGGGUUUUCUUUAUCUUUUUUUCUUUUUUCUCCCCACAUCUGUGGAUUUUCAUUUAACUCUCAGCUGGAACUGGCCUCUGGCACUGGCCCAGGAGGGGUGAGGCAUCACACUUCCCAAUGACCUCUACUUUCCCCACUUGUUUGAGUCAAAGAGCCUUGUUCUUGUAUGUGUACUAUAUUUGUGUACAGACUGUAGAUGGAUAUCAUUUAAAAGCUUGGUUUAAUAAACAUUUUACCCUGACCAAA